CCAGCCUCCACGCGGUCUUGGCGAUGCAGGGCCCCCCUGCGCCCGCCCCGGCCCCUGUGCCCAGCUCCCCACGGGGCUCCCCGCGCGGCUCCCCCGGGCUCUUCAGGAAGCUCCUGGUGAACCAGAGCAUCCGCCUGCAGCGGCGCUUCACCGUGGCCCAUCCGCUGUGCUUGGACCUGGAAAAUGGGCUCUCAUGCAGAAGAAGCGCCCUGGACCCUCAGGCCGGGUCUGGCCUUGGCCGGGUCAUCCAAGCCUCUGCCCAGCACAGCCAGAGGCGGGAGUCCUUCCUGUACCGCUCAGACAGUGACUACGAACUCUCGUCCAAGACCAUGUCCCGGAACUCCUCUGUGGCUAGCGACCUACACGGAGAAGACGUGAUUGUGACACCCUUUGCCCAGGUCCUGGCCAGUCUGAGGACGGUUCGGAGCAACGUUGCGUCCCUUGCCCACCUGCAAGGCCGCGGGGCAGCCAAGCAGGCAUGCGUCGGGAACACCCCAUCUGGCAGUCAGCCCCCUCCACCAACAGAGGACACUGGGCAGACGCUGGCUUUGGAGACACUGGACGAGCUGGAUUGGUGUUUGGAUCAGCUGGAGACACUGCAGGCGCGGCACUCGGUGGGGGAGAUGGCCUCCAACAAGUUCAAGUGGAUGCUGAACCGGGAGUUGACUCACCUGUCUGAAGCCAGCCGCUCUGGGAACCAAGUGUCUGAGUACAUAUCCCAAACCUUCCUGGACCAGCAGACUGAGGUGGAGUUGCCCAGGGUGACCCCCACGGAGCCCCCAAGUCCCAUGUCCCAGAUCAGCGGCCUGCGUGGACUCCCCCACAGUACCAGCCUUUCUGCAGCCACUGUCCCACGCUUUGGGGUCCAGACUGAUCAGGAGGGGCAACUGGCCAAGGAGCUGGAAGACACCAAGAAGUGGGGGCUUGAUGUGUUCAAGGUGGCAGAGCUAAGUGAGAACCGGCCCCUCACAGCUAUCAUGUUCAGCAUCUUUCAGGAACGGGACCUGCUCAAGACAUUUCGGAUCCCAGCCGACACACUUGCCACCUACCUACUGACACUGGAGGGUCACUACCACAACGAUGUGGCCUACCACAAUAGCCUACACGCCGCUGACGUGGCCCAGUCUACACAUGUGCUGCUGGCCACACCUGCGCUCGAGGCCGUGUUCACAGACCUGGAAGUCCUGGCUGCCAUCUUCGCAAGCGCCAUCCAUGAUGUGGAUCAUCCUGGGGUCUCCAAUCAGUUUCUCAUUAACACCAACUCAGAGCUUGCACUUAUGUACAAUGAUACCUCCAUGCUGGAGAACCACCACCUGGCUGUGGGCUUCAAGCUGCUGCAGGCAGAGAACUGUGACAUCUUCCAGAACCUCACCAUCAAGCAGCGGCUGAGUCUGCGCAGGAUGGUCAUCGACAUGGUGCUGGCCACAGACAUGUCCAAACACAUGAACAUCCUGGCUGACCUCAAGACCAUGGUGGAGACCAAGAAGGUGACAAGCCUUGGAGUCUUGCUGCUAGACAACUACUCCGACCACAUCCAGGUCUUGCAGAGCCUGGUGCACUGUGCCGACCUCAGCAACCCCACCAAGCCGCUGCCGCUCUACCGCCAGUGGACAGACCGCAUCAUGGCUGAGUUCUUCCAGCAGGGCGACCGUGAGCGCGAAUCAGGCCUGGACAUCAGCCCCAUGUGCGAUAAGCACACGGCCUCGGUGGAGAAGUCCCAGGUGGGUUUCAUUGACUACAUUGCCCACCCACUGUGGGAGACGUGGGCUGACCUGGUACACCCAGAUGCACAGGACCUGCUGGACACUCUGGAGGACAACCGCGAGUGGUACCAGAGCAAGAUCCCCCGCAGCCCUGUGGACCCCACCAGCCCCAAGCAGGGUGAUCCCGACAGAUUCCAGUUUCAGCUGACUCUGCAGGAGGCAGAAGAGGAGGAGGGAGAGGAGGAGGGAGCAUUGGGUGGGAAGGCCUCAGAGUCACCUGACACUGAGCUCCUGUCCCCUGAGGCCAGCCCAGACCCUGGGGCCCUAUACCUGGACAACCAGAGGACCAUGGGCAAGCCCUGUGUGGACCAUGAGGGCAAUGUGAUGGCUGAGCCUUUGGGCACCUAGUGGCCCCUGAUGGGUGGGUGGACUUUCCAGGAAGAGGUCCCAAGUGGCCCCUGCUUUGCCUUCCGCACCCACUGAGGGAGACAAUCAGGCUUUUAGCUACAGACAGUUCUCAGGGUUGAAUUGGAGGCACCUGGCGGGGUCCACGCUGACCCUGAGCUCAGCUGAGAGAGCUCUCCAAGGAGCUGGGCUGGGAGCAGCCUCUUCCAGGGCCCUUGAGUUCUCCCUCCUGGACUUCAACCCCUGGUGUAGAAAGGGAGUAUCUGCCAGGCCCCUUGUCUAUCUUCUCCAGUGGUCACUCUUCAGCCAUGUCCAUCACUUUAUUCUUUCAUUCUUUAUCCAAUAUUUACUGGGCACCUACUGUGUGCCAGGCCUGUGCCUGUUAUGUGCCUGUGGGGUAGCCCUGCACAAGGAGGUGGGGAGUCAGCCUCAAGGAGAUGCCCCCUCCCCUAGACACCUCCCCUUCAUCUGCAAGGCAGCUCAUUACAAGAGAACAAGAACUUGAAUGGGAGAAUUCUCAGCACCAAAGCUUCAUCCAGACCCAAUUCUGGCUCUGGAGCUCUGGUGGGGGGUGAUAGGGGCCAUGAAAGAGAGGGCUGUGUGUCAGGAACUGUCUCUGAAGACUGAUUUAACCUUCA